UGCGCUGCCGCUCCUGUGCCUCGCCGGGCGGCUCCUCCCCGCCUGCGCCCGCGGCUGUGCGCGCUCGGAGAAGCGGGGCGCAGGUGGAUCCGACGGCGGAGGAGGGAUGGAGCGGGCCGGGCCCCGCCACUGAGCCGCCCUGCCCGCAGCCCAGCCUCAUGGCCCCGGGCGGAGCCGUCGCCCGUCGCCCGUGAGCGCUCUCCGUGCGCGCCCUGCCCCGAGGAGGUGGCAGCCGGCCGGGGCCCACCCAUGCCCGGGCUGCACCCCGCGCUGGGCUCCACGACGCCGGACCCCGAGUCUCGUUGCUCCCCGGCAGAUGGACUGAAAGGGCGAGCGGCAGAGGAGGAGGGCGUGAGCCCGGCCGGGGAGAGCCAAGCUGCCGUGAAGCUCUGUGUCUCCUUGCGGGUCCCGCAGACUCUUCCCAUGGACCUGCGGAUCGGACAGCGCCUCGCCAAGCCCGGCCCCGACACUGCCUUGCUGGCCCUGAAGCAGACGCAGCAGCUGCAGCACCAGCUCUUCCUGGCUAGCUUACACCAGCAACAAGUGGAGCAGCUCACCCACCAGCACCUGCGGGUGCCGAUGGAGCCACCACCCCAAGAGUCCAUGCCUGGGAAGCAGGAACAGGAGCUACAGUUGCUCUUGAACAAAGACAAAAGUAAACGUAGUGCUGUAGCAAGUAAGGUUGUGAAGCAGAAGUUGGCUGCAGUCAUCCUAAAAAAACAGAAGGCCGCUCUAGAAAGGACCAACGCUCCAGUCAUGCCGUACAGGUCUUUGGAGCCCAUGGAACCCGAGGGACCAGCUGCUCCCAUGCUCCCCAGCUUCUUCCCUUCCAUCGCCAACAGCUCCAGAGAUUCUCCAGAGCACUUUCCGCUGAGGAAAACAGCAUCCGAGCCCAACCUCAAGUUGCGCUAUAAGACCAAGAAGGCUGGCGAGCGGCGCAAAAACCCCCUGACCCGCAAGGAAAGCGCCCCUCCCUCUUUGAAGAGGCGCCCAACGGAAGCCAUUGACUCCUCUCCGAGCAGUAGUAGCACCCCAGUGUCGGGGUGCAGUUCGCCCAACGACAGCCUGGUGCCAGAACACGGGGCCCUGUCAGCUGCGUCGGGGCUCACACAAGAGACCCCACUCGCUCAGCGCUUGAGAAUGCAGGAAAGUUCGUUGGCCCAGUUUGCUCUCCAGACCACUGGCUCCCUCCCGGCUCUGACCCUAGGGCUACCAGCCACGUCCGCAUCAUCCACCAGGGGAGAUGGAGAUCAUCGGACACUCCCAGGCCUGGCACAUAAGGUGCCCGUCCUGACCAGUACCCACACGCCCGUGUUCCUGCCAACCAACUUGGAGCAACAUGAACCCGGGAGCCCCCUGUCCACUCGCCUCCAGCCAGUUAUCAUCCUGGAGCCCUCGCUCAGCCAUGCUCCUCUUGUGACAGUUCCAGGGCUAGGAGCGCUCCCCUUGCACUUCAGCCAGUUGCUUCCCCCGGAGCGGAUGCCGAUGCCUACGCCCCAUAAGCCCUUGGGGCGGACACGCUCGGAGCCCCUGCCCACCAGCCCCAGGUCUCUGCAGCAGCAGCUGGCUUACCAGCAGCAGCACUCCAUCUUCCUUGAGCGGCUGAAGCAGCAAACACAACUGGGCAAGCGCAUGACCAAGUCCAGUGAGAAACCACGGCUGCAGCAGAUCCCCUCUUCGGAAGACAUGGAAUCUGAGGCAGGGGGCGAUCUGGGAGACCUGCCCCAGGGUCAGGCGGAGGCAUCGCCACCAGGCGGCAGCGCCAAGGAGGCUGAAAGGAGUUCUCGGCUGGGUCAGCCACAGGAAGAUCAUGUCAUGCAGCAGCGGGCCCAGUACUUGUGGGAACAGCAACAGUGCCUGCAGCAGCACCAGCUGCUCCGCCGACAGCCUCCCACGGACUCGCUGCUGGCCUCGGCUGCCCGUGGAGGGCACCGGCCUCUCUCCAGGGCCAGAUCCUUGCCCGCUGCUGCCACAGCGCCCCUGGCAUCCCAGGACAAUUCUUCCAAGGCCGUGCCACUGCAGGUGCAAGAACAAGCCACCAAGCCACGCUUCACCACAGGGAUCGUGUAUGACUCUGUCAUGCUGAAACACCAGUGCUCAUGCGGCGACAACAGCAAUCACCCAGAGCACGCGGGCCGAAUCCAGAGCAUCUGGUCCCGCCUGCAGGAACGUGGACUACGCGGCCAGUGUGAGUGUCUCCGGGGUCGCAAGGCCACUUUGGAGGAGCUGCAGUCGGUCCACAACGAACGCCACGUGCUGCUGUAUGGCACCAACCCCCUCAAUCGCCUAAAGCUGGACAACGGGAAGCUAGCAGGAAUCCUCUCCCAGCGGAUGUUCGUCAUGUUGCCCUGUGGCGGAGUUGGGGUGGACAGCGAUACUAUCUGGAACGAGCUGCAUUCCAGUAACGCUGCCCGAUGGGCGGCAGGCAGCGUCACUGAAUUGGCUUUCAAGGUGGCCAGUAGACAGCUUAAGAAUGGCUUCGCUGUUGUCCGACCGCCGGGACACCAUGCAGACCCCUCUACAGCCAUGGGAUUCUGUUUCUUCAACUCGGUGGCCAUCGCAGCCAGGCAGUUGCAGCAAAAAGGGAAAAUCAGCAAGAUCCUUAUUGUCGACUGGGAUGUUCACCACGGCAACGGGACACAACAGGUCUUCUACCGGGACCCGAAUGUCCUCUACAUCUCCUUGCACCGCCAUGACGAUGGCAACUUCUUCCCUGGAAGUGGAGCGGCUGAUGAGGUGGGCUCAGGUGCUGGUGAGGGAUUUACUGUCAACGUGGCUUGGACAGGCGGCCUCGACCCACCCAUGGGGGACCCCGAGUACUUGGCUGCUUUCCGGACAGUUGUGAUGCCAAUCGCCCAUGAGUUCUCGCCAGACGUGGUGCUUGUGUCCGCGGGCUUCGAUGCAGCUGAUGGUCAUCCUCCCCCUCUAGGAGGCUACAAAGUUUCAGCUAAAUGUUUUGGCUACAUGACCAGGCAGCUGAUGACAGUGGCCGGCGGGGCUCUUGUCCUUGCCUUGGAGGGGGGCCACGACUUGACAGCCAUCUGUGACGCUUCAGAAGUCUGCGUUUCCGCCUUGCUGGGUGACGAGCUGGAACCCCUCCCAGAGGAGACCCUUCAGCAGAAACCCAACGCUAAUGCAGUGCGCUCUUUGGAGACCGUCAUCCAGGUGCAAAGCCAGUACUGGACCUCCGUGCGGCGUUUUGCUCCCACCGUGGGCUAUUCGUUCCUGGAAGCCCAGCAUCGCGACACAGAGGAGGUGGAGACCGUGACAGCGUUGGCCUCACUUUCUGUGAUGACAGAGAAAAGGCAGCAGGAUGAGCCAAUGGAAGAAGAGGAACUCAUGACCCAGUGAUGUCCCAAUCCGUUCUCCGACUGCUUCCGUCAUAGCUUGUGACUCAUAUCAGAAUCCUGGCUCCUAUUUGUUGCACAGCCUGUGCUAACCUGAGCCGCAAGGCUACAAAACUGGCUCAGAAUUCAGACAGGAGCUCGUGGCAGUUCACCUGGGAUUAGCAGCUGCCCUGGGGAACCGCCGUGCGUGGAACUCCACCGUGCAGGCAGCCGCCCCGAACCUCUGGGAAUAAGCUUGGGUGGAAAAUCAGAGGCCACGAAUGCACCCGGUGGGACCGUGUGGUCUGGAUUCAGACUGCAAAGCUGAAGAGAGUGUUCUGUUGCCGGGGCAAUGCCUCUUCCCCCCCACCCCACCCCAGAACCAAAGAUGGUCCACGAGAACAAUCCCACGGGAAAGGAGCCAAGAUGAUCCUAUCUGAACACUCUUGUCCGAGUAAACGUGGUCACCUUUCUUCAGGAUGUCCCCCAGGUCACGGGAGCUGGGCUUUGUGUGGGGAAAGAGUUCAACAGACAAAACUCAAAAGUGAAGGAAGUGGCAGCCUCUUGGAACAGAGACACAGCCCAGCUCCUAAUAAGCGCCGUCCCAACCUUACGUUCCUGGCGUAGGAUCUCCCUGAUUUGCACUAUAUACAGUUCACCACAGACUUCGUCAAUUUUCCAUAGAACGUGUAGGAACAAGACACACUUCCCUGGGGAUUUGGGGGUGACCGUUCCUAACACGCAUCAAGGUGUGCUAUGUACAUACACAACUCCAGGGUGCCUGUUGCCGGUUGGUUUUGCCCUGAUCCAUCCAAGCAGGCAGCCUUAUUCCAAAGAACAAACGUAACAUGGGGAGGGAGGGGGGGGGUGGAAAAUGAACAAGGCUAUUUGUCUUCGGUUAUCCCGACCAAAAUUUGGAUUCCUGCGAUUCUCAUUUGUUAUAUGCAGGUUGGUUUUGCUUCUUUAAAAAAACCAAAAACCGAGUUUCUAGUCCAUUUGAAUAUAUUUGCAAAGAUGCCGCAAUUGCUCCGAUGCCCGGACGUGAGGACUCUCAUAUCCCGUGUAGCUGACUCACUUUUUCAUGGCCUUAUGUAAAGGUAUCUCAUUCUCCCCCGUCAAAGGGCUAUCCACCAGCAGAGCAAAUUUCCUUCCAAACAAAAACGUUUAAGCACUUGUGCGUAGGAAGAAAGCAUGCGAUAGAUCAUUACACACAACUACAACACGUGCUUCCAUUCUAUACAUACUGGACAGUCGCUGUCAAUAUCUCCAAUAUCUCUUUCCCAGCACAUGAUCAGUAGGCAUCCAUGAUAAUUGUCUACACGACGUGUGAAUGUGUUUUUUUUUCCCUAUGCUGAAGUGUGGGAAAUUCGGUCACGUUCAAAGGAGCUCUAAAUCUCACUGCCUGUGGGGUGGGGAGGGAAGGGAGGGCUGCAUCACUGCCUGGGGUGGGGCAAGGGGUGAGGGAAAGAUACAUUGUGUACAGAAUGUGUAUAGAAACCGCUGGAUUGAAACCAACCAGUAAAUUGAGCCUUUGCUGCA